AUGUGGAUUACUGCCUUUGCAGACCCUGUAGGAGUUUUCAACUUUGCUCAUUUGUGUUCCGGUGCCUUUCAUGGAUGGGGUCAGGCUGUUCAGUUCUGUGAAGAAACCAUCGUAGGAUUUCAUGUGGUGUCAAGUGUAGCUGUUGACUCUGAUGAGCAAAUCUGCCGACUGGCUGCUCGCACUUGUGAUGCUCAAAUAGUGUUUAUUCCAUGGGGAUCCAUCACCAAGUCGCUCAAACGUAACACCGGGGUUUGCGCUCAGAUUGAACAACAUGUGUGGAUGAGUAGCAUGCACAAUCCUUGCAAUCUUGUUUGGACUGUGUCGACCCCGUGCCAACCUUUUUCCAGCGCCAAUCUUACGCCAAGCGGGUUCAAUGCCAAGGAUGGCAGAGUGGUCGUUCAUGUCUUGAAAGCAGCCAGAAUCAUCAGGCCAAUGGCCUUGUUGAUGGAAAAUGUGGAUGCGUUUCAAUCCCAUGAGCACUUUAGGAUUUUUGAAAGUUUUGCAAAGUGGGCAGGCUAUCAGUUGGUUUGGUCGCAAGUGGUCAAUGCCAAGGAUUUGACUGACAACACCCGUAGCCGAUGGCUCGGGAUUUUGCUCCGUAAUGACCUUGAUGACAAUCAUCCAGUGCUGAAGGCAGCCUUCAAUUUGCACGAGGGUUUCGUGAGUCCAUGGCAUGCUCUUGAAAACCAGUUUGCUAUUCCGAAGGUGUUAGAGGAUGUUGCGGAGCAGUGUGGCAUUGCGCCCGAAGCUUGUUGUGACUUCCUUUUUUUCGAUGGGGAGUGUCAGCGUGUUGCCGUUCAGCCCAAUGCUUUGAUUGAUCGAAUCUCACCUUCAGUCAACGGGAAGCUCGUUUCUCUGGAUACAAGGGUUGGUGAAAUUGAAAUUCCUUUGAUUCGUUUGAGAGCUUUUCCUCUUCCGGGAGGGGGCAAAGGAAAUGGCAAAGCACAAGGAAAAACAAAUUCAAGUGACUUUUUGCAGCAGAAUGAUCCUUGGGCCAAGAUUGUCCCAUCGAAUGGUGGAUGCCGGUGGGAUCAGCUUCAGUUGAUGGAGAACCACCCAUGGUUUUGCAAAGACACUGGCAAACGUCUUAACCAAAUCCCCGGGGUCCAGCUGGGGCCCGACAAAGGAGGAGUGGUCUUUGUCACUAAGGCUGAUCUUCAUGAGCUCUCACAAGUAGCCCCAUCAUCAACGACCUUGUUGCUGAUCCCAGGUUUUCGAGGGUUGCAGAAUCUCGAUGUUCCCAAGAAUUUGAUGAUGCUGGCAUCGCAGCAAAUUACGGUUAGGGAACCUGCUUCGAAUGUUCAGUACAAGCGACUUGUUGUUCCUUUCGUGCUGAAAGGAAAUGUGGAGUACAAAGUUGAAGAAACACCAGGUGUUGUCAAUGUUGAUUCUGCUAGCUUUUCCGAACUGGUCGUUGAAACGCAUUCAGGUUGCAUGACGCACAAUACUGUUGCGAUGAUGGAGGAUCACCCUCUGGGUUGCUUCAAGAAAUUGAUCACAGCCAGUGGAAUCGCCCUUUCUGAAAUGUCCAUCUAUAGCUAUCGAAAAAUGAAAUGCGCUGAUGAUCAGAUCAUACACCAAUGCAUGAUGAAGAUCCCCCAUGGCUCUCUUGAUGAGCUGCUCAAACAUUCGGGGCAAGCUGAGCUCUUUGUGAGACAAUUCAUCCAACCUCAGGAGGAGACGAAUCACUCGAUUUUGCCUAGAUAUUUUGCAAUCAACCCUGAAGACGUCCGUAGUGCCAAACUUCUGGGUGAAUCGGUAGGGGAUGGAUAUAGAGGGCUAGCCUUGACAGCCAAAGGUGUGGCUAUUCGUGCCAGCAAUGCGAAGUUGGCUGAUGCUCGUGCUUUGGUUUUGCAAACAGACAUGAGGUUCACCGACCUCAACAGGGCUGUGGUCAGCAAAUAUGUGUUCAUUUGUCAGGGGUACCCUUGGGCCAUCUCUCACAAAAGCCUCAUCGAAGCCACGUUCACUGCUGUGAAGACGGCCCCGAUUCCACUGCGCAGUUACAGAGAUGGCGGCAUGAUUACGUGGGUCCUUGCGUUUGGAGAGCAGCCAGCAUGCAAUACUUUCACGGUAAAGAUGGAUUCCAAACUUUUUGAAAUUGUCAUGACCCCUCAAAGUUCGAACAAGAUUCAAAUCCCAAAGAAGAAGAGCGGAUUCAAUGGCUCCAUUGCGUCGGUGCCCAAACCAUGGAGACUUAAGUCACCCCAUGGCAAAGGUUCCUCAGGACCAGCCGCGAAUGCAACAAGUGCCACACAGAUCAAUGUUUCGGGUGAUGACCGAAAGUAUCAGCAAUUGGCCGAUCGAGUUUCGAAGUUGGAGCAUGGCCAAGUAGAGUUGUCAAAGAAGAUUGACGACAAAUUUGAUGUGGUCUCCGAUCAGUUGAAGCAGGUCCUUGCUGCGGUUGUGCCCAAAAGUGAAGCCCAUUCUUUCCGAGCUCGCCAAGACGGCCACACGGGUGAAACGCCACCCUCGAAAUCCCAAAGGAAUCAGAUUUAUCAGAACCUUGUGGCUUCUGGUAGAUGCACUGCUGCGUGGGUGGCUGUUUCUGACCGUUUGACUUUGUUGUUGGUGUCGGUCUAUGGUUUUUCUGGUGCUCAGAGUGACUCCAGCAAAAUGGCUCGCACCAAUCAACUUUUCAGGGACAUUUUUGAAUGGCUUUCCCAGCAUGGUGAAAUUCCGAUUGCCAUUGCCGCUGACUUUCAGGCUGAACCUCACAUGUAUCCAUGCAUCGCUGAGGCUAUGUCGUUUGGAGCUUUUCAUGAUGUGUUGACACAGUUCAAUGAAGAUGGGAUGUGUCGGCCCAUUACAUAUUCAAGGGAUAGUGCUUGGGUUGGUGGUCCUGCCACCUCCAUUGACGGAAUUUUGCUCAAUAACUGUGCGCUUCAAUAUUUGCAAGAUGUCAAGGUCCAUGUUUCCAAAGGCCUUCAACACGCAUUCGUGGACGCCACAUUUCAGUGGCCUUCCAAUCGAUCUGAUGACCGUAGCAGUAAUUUGCAAUGGGUUCCUCAUGCGUCUUUCGAUCUCACUCAGUUGAAAUCUGAAAGUGAACGAACAAAGAUUGCGCAAGAUUUGUGGGAGAAAGAAUUUCGUGAGCUCACCAAUGCGAACAAGGAGCAUAUUCCUUCUGAACCUGUACUUGAGGUGAUUCAUGAUGCCUUGAAAAAGAGAGCUUUCCCAAUUUCCUUGCCUUUGCUCACUGAUGAAUGCCUCAAAAGCGCUGUUGACAAAAGAAAGCAAACUGCCUCACCUGGGGUUGAUGGUUGGAGAACGGCAGAGCUUCAAGCUCUUCCUGCGAUCGCUUUUGCACCGUGGGCCCGCUUGUGGAACAAAAUUGAAGAUGGGUCUUUUCGUUUGCCAACCAUUUUUCAAUGCGCGCGUUUGGUCAUGUUGCCAAAACCGGAUGCUAAAAGUUUAAUGCCCAUUGACAAAAGACUGAUCACUUUGAUGUGUGUCCCGUACAUCAUGUGGAGCAAAGCACGGUUCGAUCAUUUGCAAGAAUGGCAGCAGAAAGUCUUUCCGCCAACUUUAUGCGGUGGAAUUCAGGGAAGACAAGCUGCUGACAUUGCUCAUAUCAUUGCUGCCAGAUGUGAGCAUGCCGUCGCUUUCCAGAAGCCAAUUUGUGGUAUCAAACUUGACCGCUCAAAAUGUUUUGAUCGCAUCAUUCCAAGAAUUGUAGCUGAUUUUGCAAAGAUCCUCGGAAUGGAUCCCAAGUUUUUGAAGGUAUGGCUGCAGGUCUAUGAAGAUUUUCGUAGAUUUUUGUGCAUGGGGCAUGCUAUAUCGAAAACCAGCUUGUCCAAUUUGAACGGUGUGGCUCAAGGUGAUGCAGCCUCUGUGGUAGCCAUUAACAUUUUGAUGACAGGGUGGACAGCAAUUGUUGAAUCUAUUCCUGGGAUUGAGCAUUUCGCUUUUAUCGACGAUUGUUAUCUGCUUGCGCUGGAAUCCAAUGUUGGGAAUCUUGCUGCUGCCUUGACUGGCACCAAGCUUUUCGAUAAACUGGUUGGCCAAAAAUUGAAUAUUGACAAAUCCAGCGGGUUCGCGACUUCGAGAACUGCAAAAAAGAAGCUGGCAAAUGCAAUUCCUGCCCUUCCUAUCCAUGAUACGUUUGCAGUAUUGGGUACUUUUGUCAAGACGAAUGCCAAGCGUAUUACCAUUGAUCCCAAGAACACCGCUCAAGGCGUGCGUGCUAUUCUGCAUGAUAUUGAGCACUUGCCCAUUUCUCUUCGCAAAAAAGCUUUUUUGAUUUCCAUGAAAGCUGUGUCAAAGUUUCUAUAUCAUCCAGAGGUGAUUCCUUGGCCGAAAGCGACCAUCGACAGUAUGGUCAACUCUGUAGCCAAAGCUCUUUGGGGCAACAGACCAGGGUGGCGUAAUCAAGAGUUGCUUUUUGCUUUGUGCACUAAUCCCAUUGCUUGUCAUCCCCACAUGUCCAUUGCCACCAGAGUCAUUUGCAACAUUGUUGAAGAUGCCAACAAAAAGAUUUUUACUGGGCUGUGGAAAUUGGCGAAAGAUGAGGCUACUCAGGUAGCCAAGACUGCUAUGCCGGUGAUCAAAGGGUUCAGCGGUCGCUUCAUCAAUGUGGUCAAUUGGAUCAGACAUUUCAUGCGUGUAGUCAAGAAACAGAAGAUUCAGCUUUUUCCCAAUUCUGCCACUUUUUUCGCCAGAAAAUGUAGUUGGUCCGGUGUACAGUUCCCUUACGGAACAAUUAGAGGGGCUCGGCCAUGGGUGUCACAUGAGACCCUUAUGGUUUUCGCACGUUUUGCCCAUAGCCUGCCGGAGUGUGGCCGUUCCGCUGAUGCGUGGAACCGGCCGUAUGCUGAUUUACCGUAG